AUGCGGCCCUCGAUAGUUCAGUGGUCUCCACAUUCGUCGUGGAUUUGUGUGACCACUUUCGAUGCUGAAAAUUCAGAAGGCAGUGUUUCGUUUUGCGAUCAUACGGUAAGGUUUCAGAUAAAUAUUCGGUUGAAAAUAGGUACGCAGCCAAUUCAGUUAGAUACUCAGCUAAAAUUAUAUGAGCAGUCAAAACAAAUUUUUUAGACUCAUGUUGAAGCGCUUGAUCUACCUUUUAAAAUCAUUCGAUACUCAGCCAAGUACGCAGUCAAAAACUUCCAAAAAAUUUCAGGGAAUCAACAAAGAGCCUGGUGCUUCUCGUCCAAGUCCAAUAACAUGUCUCAAAUGGCAUCCCACAAAAAACUUGGUUCUUCUUGGCUGGAAAGACGGAACCAUAAAUCUAGUCCCCUUGGGUGGUCCCAUUUCACAAACAAUUCAGGAAAAUGGGUUGGGUGAGUUAGUGCAAGUCGAUUGGAGCCACGAUGGAAAACUUAUAAUGGGCUUGUUUGCUCCUGGCCACGUGAAAAUCUAUAGUUAUGACGUGGCAAAAUCGGAGAGCUCAUCAAGUUCGAGCUCACUUUUAAGCCAAGUUGAUUUGAAAGAAGAAAUCACGACUUGCUGUAAACGCCUGAUUUUUGAGAAAAAUCCCGAAACUUCACAGGAUUUGAGCAUUUUUGACAAUAAAAUGAAGAAUGACGUGGGAAAUGAGUUGGAAAUGACAGUAACCCCUCAGAACGUUGUGUCGAGACCGCCUGCAAAAGCGAUUGGUACGGAAUUUCUGUUCGGAAGUGAAUCAGGAACGCUGUUUUGUGUGAAUCUAGAGGAGAAUGGAGUUUUGCAUAAGGUGAGGUUUCUAGAGCUGAAUUUUGCCACGUGGUAGGAAAUAGCCAUAUUUUCCAGCUGGACUCUGAAAUCUUAUUUCUCUCCUACUGCGAACAAAUCCAAACAAUAAUUGCAUUCACCCGAGACCUCUUCAUUUUUCAUUUACAAAAAUCAGAGAAAGACGAUAAAAAAUGGCACGAAAAAAUCAAAGUGAAACUUGGCGGAGCAUCGGAAAAAUAUCGACUCGAGCUCAGCGACUCCAUUCUAGUUAUGUGUUAUGAGGAGAGAGAAUUGAGAGUUUGGGAUUUGGUUCGAGAAGAAAAUGGGACUAUUUCAUUGGAUUCUGCGAAAGGAUUUGAUAAAUCGGAAAUUUUGACGUGUUUGACUGUAAAUUCUAGAAAAGGAGUUAUAAGUGCUGGAACUAGUAAAGGAAAUAUGGCACAUUGGAAGAGACGAAAAAAUGAUAUGCCAAUUGAUCGCGCGUGGAAAUUACAAGCGGCUCAUCCCACCGGGGAUGUAGUUAGUUUUUAUUGGUCCCAAAAUCCUCUAAAACAUUAUUUUUGCAGAUAAACGCGAUUCACUGGAGCCCAGUGACUAGUAGUGUGGCUGUAAUCACAUCCCAAGACUUGAUAAUAAUUCAGGAAGACAAUUUCAUAGUUCAAAUGCGCGGAAAAGUUGGAGCAAUUCAAAAUAGUCCAACCAGUUUUAUUUUAUUGAAUGCUGGAACUGGUGUGACUCAGGAAUUGAAACUGCAAACAAUUCCAAGUGCCAAAGGAAUUAGUUUGGGCGAAAAACAAUUGGUGGUUUGGAAUGAGGAUACGGUAAGUUCUUUAGAAAAAGGAGGCAUACUAGAUGAUUUCUCAGACUAACAAGGGAACCUUUUUUACUCAACACUUCAAACCUCGAUGAAAUUUUGUCCAGAGACUGCUUUUGGGGUCAUAAGAACGGCCUAAAAAUUUCAGUCUCCCAAUGAACCUCUGAGCCAAGUUCUGGGCUCUCAAAAACCCAAAAAAGGCCUAAAAAUGGUCAUAAAAGUCACCAUAGCUCCAUUUCAAAAAUUUUUUUGUAAGAAAUAAAGUUUCAGAUAUUGAUCAGCAUAGUCGAUUACUUAAAAGUACAUCAAUAAAAAACUUUAUUUCGAAAAAUUUUGAAGUUUUUUAUUUUUGGGCUGAAAAUUCAUAUGUGCCCCUGCUCAUUCUUUUUUCCAAAAUCAAAAAUUUUUCCGAAAAUUCAGUUUAUUGGUGCUUUUUGGGUAAAUCGACCACGCUGAUCAUCAUCUGCUACUCAGUUUUUCAUAAAAAUGAUCGAAAGUUUAGUUAUGACGUGUUUUAUGAGCCAAUUUUGGCAAUUUUUGAACUUUUGAGAGCCCAGAACUUGGCUCAGAGGUCCAUUGGGAGACUAAAUUUUUUAGGGUGUUCUUAUGGUCCCAAAAGCUGUCCAUGGACCAAAUUUCAUCAUGAUUUGAAGUGUUGAGUAAAAAAGGUUCCCUUGUAAGCUACAGUCUAGUCUCUAGACAAACUACAGUAAUCAAAUUUUCAGAUAGUAACCUACGACGUUCAAUCUUCAUUGGCAACCAUCCAAUCCACUUCAUUCUCCUGUCAAACUUCAGGAGUCGUUAUUGCUAAUCAAACUCUUUUCUGCAUGGAAAAAGACAAAAUCAACGCGAGAACCUUGCAAGGAACUAUCCGCCAAAUAAUAUCUCUCCCCGAAAUCGAAGGAGAUCCCCAAAUUCUAGAUUUGAAUAAAAAUUGGCUGGCAGUUGGAACAUCUCACGGUUUUGUCAGGAUUUAUAAUCUUGCUAGAAAAGAUGCUCAUCAAGAGCACAACUCGAAAUAUGCCAUCGAGAAUUUUCCCAAUUUUUAUAAGUUUCUCAACGUAAAAAUCAGCCCGAAUGGCUCGAAAGUGGCAUGCACAUUUUUAGAAGGACCCACACAAGUUAGCGAAACUCUGCUGGUUUUCGAUGCGGAAAAUGAUAAUAUCACACAUUUUUCGUUUGAUCGUGGAAUGACGGAUCAGCAGGAAUAUGAGGCGCAAGCGGAAUUGGCGCAUACGACUGGCGGAAGGCCUGUGACUGCGGCUGCGCGGAAAAUGGCAAAAGAGAAAUCGCGGUUUCAAAUGAUGAUGCAUCGGCCGGGAGAAGUUGAAUGGGAUGAGACAGAUCAACGAUUUUUGGUGGUUGAGUGCAAUCAUUUGCAACCAGAUUCUGUGAGUUUUUUGGACUAUUUGGAACAAAAAGUUCUAUAUCUAACUUUCAAUAUUCAACUAGUAAUCUAGAAAAUAUUUUGAUUUCCAGACCGACAAUCGUAUCCUCACAAUGUUCGUCACUUCGGAACACGGCAUUCAACUUCAAGACAUCCAACAAAAAUCUCAACAAUGUGGUCGACUCGUCUCAGUUUCAGUUCCAAAUUUUUAUUUUUUGAAAAAAACCGAUUGGGACGAGGAAGAGAUUCGAGGCGAAAAAACGAUUGGCAAAGUUUUGGUGGCAAAAACAUUGCGAGAAUUCAGUGGUGUGGAAGUUAGUGAUGAGGGAACCAGAAAAGCUAUGAUGGAUUUCUCGUUUUAUUUGACACUUGGCAGUAUGGAUGCAGCAUUUAAAGGUGGGUACAACGACACUACGCAUUGACGGGGGGUGAUUUUGAAGCAACGAAUUUCAGCCAUCCAAUACAUCAAAAGUGACAGCGUCUGGGAUCAAAUGGCCUCAAUGAGUGUGAAAACUAGACGACUAGAUGUUGCAAUGGUUUGCCUUGGACAUAUGAAAAAUGUGCGAGGCUCAAGAUCAGUCAGAAAAACUCAACAAAAUGGCGAGGAUGAAUCAAUGCAAUGUGCAGCUUUGGCUAUAGAAUUAGGAAUGAUCGACGAAGCUUUGAUGAUUUAUCAACAAAAUGAUCGAUGGGAUUUGAUAAAUAAGACUUAUCAGGCUCAAGGAAUGUGGAUUCAGGCUUUUCAAAUAGCUGAAACUCGAGAUCGAAUUCAUUUGAGAAAUACACAUUUCAAUUAUGCAAGAUAUUUGGAAGCUAAGAAAGAUGAAAAUAGCAUUGAGGAGGCUAUUGAAAAUUAUGAAAAAGCUGGGGUUCAUGGAUUCGAGGUUUUUCGAAUGUUGCGCGAUAAUCCAAAGGCAAUUGAAAACUAUGUGAGAAGGAAGAGAGAACCGUUAGUCUUCUGAAAAUGUUCUGUAAAAUUUUCAAUUUUUCCAGCACCCUUUUCAAAUGGUGGGGAACCUAUUUGGAAUCUAUUGGUGAACUCGAAGGUGCCUACAAUUAUUACAAGUUUGCACAAGAUUUCUAUUCACAAGUUCGCGUGAAAUGUGCGCAAGGACAAGUUGAGGAGGCUGCAAAAAUUGCGAAUGACAGUAAAGACAAAGCGGCAUGUUAUCUAAUAGGUGAGUUCAAAGCCCCUCUUGAAUUUUCAUCAAAAUCUUUCAAGCACUUGAACCUCUUGAAUCUCUUCAGGUCGUCUUUAUGAAACGGAAGGCGAUCUAGUUCAAGCUGUCAAAUUUUUCACCAAAGCUCGAGCUCUGGCCUCAGCUAUUCGAAUUGCUAGGGAUAAUGAUAUGAAAGAUAAACUGGCAAAUUUGUGUUUGAUGGCUGGCGGGAAUGAACUAGUGAUGGCUGCCAGAUAUUAUGAAGAUAUGCCGGGUUAUGCACAUAAAUCAGUUAUGCUGUAUCAUAAGGUGCGGUGAUUAGGGCGUGAAAAAUUAUGACGUGGAUUUCAAUUUCAGGCUGGAAUGAUUGGGCGAGCUCUUGAUCUUGCAUUUCGAACAGAGCAAUUCAGUGCUCUUGAUCUAAUUACCAAAGAUCUUGACGCUGGAACUGAUCCAAAAAUCCUAAAAAGAGCAGCAGAAUUUUUCGAAAACAAUCAGAACUACGAAAAAGCUGUCAAUUUUUUGUGUUUGGCCAAAGAUUUCCCAGAAGCUGUGAGAUUGUGUAGAUCGAGAAAUGUAAGAGUGACUGAUAAGUUCGCCGAACUCAUGACUCCGACUAAAAUCGAGAUGCCGAAUGAUGUGGAAAGGAAGCGGGUUUUGGAAGGUGUUGCCGAAUUGUGUUUGCAGCAGGGUGCGUAUGCUGCAGCCGCUAAAAAAUAUACGCAAGCUGGUGAUAAGUUAUCGGUGAGAUAUGCCUGGAUUAUUGGUGGUUACUUUUUGAAAAUUUGAAAUUUUCAGGCUAUGCGAUCACUCUUAAAAUCCGGUGAUAUUCAAAAAAUUCGCUAUUAUGCAAAUACAGCGCGAAAUAAAGAAAUCUAUAUUUUGGCCGCAAAUUUUUUGCAAACUACAGAUUGGCAAAACGAUGCACAGACUAUUAAAGAUAUUGAGACUUUUUAUACAAAAUCACAAAGUUAUGAACAUUUAGCCAAUUUUUAUAAAUCUUGUGCUUUCGUAAGUUUUGGGUUUUUCAGGGGCAAAUUGCAUUUCAUUUUUUUUCAGAUCGAAGCGGAAAACUGGAAAAAUUUUGAAAAGGCGACAAAUGCUUUGGAUAUGUCUAUUCAUUGUUUAGAAACUGCAGAUUCAAAGGAUAAAUCGACUCCAGCAAUGGAAGAAUUGAAAUUAGAAAUUCAAAAAUAUCAAGCACAGUUGAAAAAGUUGAUAAAAAUUAUGGGAGCCAUGGAAUCCGACAUAUCUGACGGAAUUCGACAAUUAACAAGUUUGGCCGAAACAUCCGAUGAGAAUGAUAUAGUUCCAUGCACAAAGAUCUACGCGAUGUUGAUCGAAGAAUAUUUUUACAAGAAAAACUGGAAAAUGGCGUAUCGAAGUUUGACGAGUUUGCAGAAAAAAUUGCCGAAAAUCGAUCUGGAGAUGUAUAUAAAUUCCGAAACUUUGGAUCAAAUUUGUGACGAGAUGAGAGUGGAAAGAGUGACCAAGAAAAAUGGAGCAAAAAAUGGUGGAGAUGGGGCGGAGUCAGAUGGUGAAGAGGUUGAUUUUUCACAUUCGAUGAGACGACAGAAUAUGAUUUGA